UCCAAAACAAAUUUAUUGUACAUAGUUUCAAGUAACUUUAAAGAAUAAAUAAUUGGAAAGGACUUUGAUAUUCAUGAGGCGUUUGACUACAAAUGCGAUAUUUGCUGCAUGGCCGGGAAAGAGUCGAGAUUCGAUCAACUUAAUUGCAGAAAAUGUAAAAAAUCCAUGGUGAAUACUGCUGGAGGAAACGUCGAACAGAAAGGAAGACAAAAGAAUGAAAAUAAAGCACAGAAACGAGUACCUAAAUUAAUUAUUUCAUUAAAAGAGAAAAUACCUGUUAUAAUUAAUUCUCCAGAAUUAUCAGUUGAUGAAAGUUUUUCAGAAACAAUAGCUGAUAAAGUAAAAUUAAGAAAACGAGGAAGAGAUUCCUCAAGUGUUGAAGUGUUUAAAUCAAUUUCUAAAUCUAUUUUACCUUGCAAAAAACGAAGAACCAGUUGUGGUUCUUCAUCAUCUCCUUCAUCUUCUCCGCACAAUGUUGAAACUUUUAAAAUAGCUUCUAAAGCAAAUUCCAACAAGGGUCUUCCGAUUUGUGAUGCAAUAAAAAGUAUUAUUGAACUUCCACGUGAAAAAGUGAAAAAAUCUGUCCUAGAAAUGGAUAAUGUGUCUUCUGAACUGCCGUAUAAAAGAGCUAAACAUUGUUCUUUCAAUAAUCAGAUAAACCAAUUAGCAGAGUCCUCUUCAGCUGCAAAUGUAAUCAAUAUUCAUGAACUUGAAGUUGCUUCAUAUGAAGAAGUUUCUUCUACGGAGCCAUUCAAUUUUUCUUUAUCUUCUCCUCUACAGAAGUAUGAUGAUAUGGAAAAUAUUGUUACUCUUGCACCUUCAAUUAAUAGAGUACAAACUGUAAAUUCAUUUAAAUUUCCUAACAAAAAUGUUAAAGAUCAGGUACCUGCCAUACCGUCAGUGAAUGCUCCCCAAGAAGUGCAUUAUUUUUACUUGCCAAAGAAAGAAGAAGAAUGUGCAUUAAAUAAGAAAACCACAUCUAAAGUUUGCUGCAAUACUGAAAAAAUGGUCAAUGUUUCUCAUAAUGACCACGCAUAUCCAAUUACACUGAACGAAUCUUUACUUAAAGAUAUUAAUGUUGAUUUAUUGAUAUUUGCGGAUAAAAAAGAUGAACUUCAAAAUUUGAAUUCAUCUACAGUUGAAAAUGAACUUAAAAAUUUGGAUUCAUCUACAGUUGAAGAAUUUUUUUCGCAUUCAAAGGAGCUCUCAUUGGCUAACCAGCGAGCAAAUCGUUAUAUUGAUGCUCUUACAGACUUGGUUAUUCAAAUAUCAAAGCAGCACGAUUCACAGAUUUCAAAUAAAUUAAAUGGCCUUGUAAACUCUGCAGUUCAAAAAAACUCUGCAGUUCAACUUUCUCCAGUGAAUCAUUCCAGUCAAGCAAGAACCAAUCAAAAUAUAUCUAAUAUAAAGAAUGGAAUAUGUGUGUUGGAUUCUACAAAAACAUCAGUUAAGCAGUUCUCAAGAUCACCAUCAAGCCAUUCCCCAGGUUCUAAAAGUCAUGCUAGAGGUUAUAGAAAUACUCACAAUUACAAUGAUGGUUUUAGGCAAGAAAAUCAUGUUGCAAAAGAAAAAGAAAAAAGGAAAGCUAUGGAUGAGAGAUGCAUUGUUUAUGUUGGGAAUAUUCCUCAUGGUUAUUCGGAAGCACAGUUGAGAAAAAGGUUUCAGAAAUUUGGAACUAUAAAGGACAUCCAAAUAAAGUCAAAAGUUAGGUGUGAUUUCAACAAUUUGGAUGGUCACUCUGUGGGUUCUCAGGAAAUGAAGAAUUAUGGAUUUAUUACAUUUUCAUCUAAUCAAGAAGCAGCUAAUGCUAUUGAGAAAGGAAAUAGAGAACAUGAAUUGAAAUUUCAGUUAAGUUUUGGAGCAAGACGUCAAUUUGUUGGAGAAGAGUAUAAAGAUUUAGAUGGAAUUGUGGCCAAAAAUGAGAAUUCCAUAUACAAGCAUAAUUCCAGAUCUUCCUUCCGACCGAAGAACAAAGAUGAUGAUGAUUUUGAUUUUCGGAAACUCUUACUAACUGAGAUGAAGGCUAGAGGUGUGAACACUGAGCUUUUUAGUAAAGCUUGAAGGGCUUCCGAGAAGCAUCAAGAGCUUUAUUGUAUAGUUCUCAUAAUCAUACAAUAUUCAUUAUCAUUUACAUUAUUUCAGUCAUCAAAUUCCUGGAAAGUUUAAUUAUGUAACAGAAUUUUUGUCAAAUCGAUCAUUUCCAGAAGUCAAGUUUGAGACUAGCUUGUUUCAAAUGAGUGAGAAGCACCAGUAUCUAAAAUUACUAACUUCUACUGGAUUGAGUUUAAGACACUUGGAAAGUGAAUUCCUCCGGUGGAUAGAUGGAUAUUGGGAUUUUUUUAUAAUUCAGAAAAGAAUUUUCAUUUGAAAAGUCUGCAUAAUGAAGAGACAAUCAAGAUAUAAGCAGCUUCAUCAAGGAUAUCGUUUGCAUGCUUUUAAGAUUUGUUUGAAAAUCUUGAAAGUAUAACUUAUUUGUAAACAGAUUAUUUUUGCAGUUUACUUAAGGGGCAAUUUUUUUUAAAAAUAAAUUUUGUUUGAAUUGAUUAUACUAGCUUUUUGUGAAAAGAUCCUACAGCAUCAUUAGACAGUCAUUAAAUGUCUAAAAUUAAUAUUUUUGAGAAAAUUAAAAAAAAUUAUGUUUUUCAUAUUUAGAUAGAUUAAGAAAAUCCCUUGGCAAUUACCUUGAAGGUAAAAAUCAUUUUAUAAUACAAUAUUUUCCUUUUGUUUAAAAUGCUUAAAUUUUGACUAUAUAGUUUGAAUGAGCUAGACAAGUGGCUUGUCUACUUCAUAUAUGAAAUUAUGAGAGUGUGUGCAAUUUAAAAUUUUGAUAAUUUGCUGUGACUCUCAAAGUUAAUUAGUUAACUUUGGAAUUCAGUUUCAGAAUUCUGUGAAUAAUAAAAUAAAAUAUCUCUUAUAAAAUAUUUCUGCUCCUAUAGUGAAUUUAACAAUAAAAUUGAAAUAAAAUGGUUAAUAAAGUUUUGUUUUAAAAGAAUAAAUUAUAAAUUGAAAUAUUUUUUCUAAAAAUUGCAUUUGAAUAAUUAGCUUUUGAUUUUUAAAUAAGUUCUAAUAAUCGUGUUUUUUCCCCCCUGUUCAUUGCUAUGUCUUUUGAAUAUUACUGUUGUUUAUACCAUGAGUCAUUAACUUAGAUGGUAAAAUUAGUGUAUUUUACCUCUUCAAAGUAUCUUUACUCUCACUAUAUGUUCUCUGGACAUGACUUUUUACUAAAAAUCAAAAUGACAUCGUGUUCUGAAAACAGACACACUGUCUGUUGAAACUUGAAUGUAUAAACAUUUAAAAAUGUGAUCUCUGGAAAUAUUUUUAAACAAUCAACUGAUUAAUUAUAGAGCUUGGAAUUUUCAUUCAAAUGAGUAAUGUAUGUACUGCUAUUAAACAGUUGUAUUGUUGUAAAGUAUAUUAUGUUCCUAUUUAUAAUGAGUGAUUUUUUGUGAAGAGAAAAGAUAUGUUGAAAACUUCAUUUCCUUUUGAUUUAAGCAAGAAGUUGGAUGAGUUAUUUGUAUAUAUAAGGGUUAGUGCAAAUCAAAAGUGGAUACUAUAAUAAUAAUUUAUCCUGUGGUAUAACUUUCAAGUGUACUUGGAAAUAAAAGAUCAACUUGUUAUGUGAAUAACAUACUGCCAAAAUAUCUGUGUUAUUUCUUAUAAUAUCUUUACUGUUCUAAUGUAAAUAUUAUUGAGAAUCAUAAACUUGGUCAAUCUGACUUGUUGUAUGUGAACUUAAAGUUAAAAUUUGAGAUUUAAUCAUGAACUACUCUUAUAAGUUUGUAAUUUAGCCUGAAAUUCUAUUAUAAAUAUUUGGAAGUUGAAAUGUUUGAUUUUUAAAAUAUAAUUAACCAAUAUGCUGCAUUGCUAUGCAUCAUGUUUUCACCAUUGUAUACAUUUUAACUUAUUCAUUCCUUUAUCAGUAGAUGUAUUUUUAUUACAAUAUUUUUAUCUUAAUAUGCUGAUGUACAAAUUCUUAAUACGAUUUUUAAAUGGAUUUUACUUUGUAUUAACUUUUCUUUUAUCACUCUACUCUGUUCUGAAUGUGACCAUCUGUUUUAACAGAGUUUUGCUUCAUUUGGCUCUACCUUCAACAUGUUUAUCAAGAAAUAUUCCUAAUCUGUUGUUAUUCGCACAGUCAGAUUGCUUACUAUUAUACAUAAAGCGAAAAUAAUGUACAGAUAAUAUAUAAUUAUUUUAUAUGAUAUUAAAUAUAUUUUAUAGCUCUGUGUUUUGUCACAGAAAAUUCUUUUAUGUCAACUUCAUUACCUCAUUUGCUCAAAUUUGCCAAAUGCUCAUUUAAUAUUUGUUGCUUACUUUUGUGGUAUGAAUGUUGAAUAGAGUAAUUUAAAAACCAUAUCUUUCUGGUGCUAAAGCAAGUUCGUUUUUACUUAAUAACAGCACAGCUUGUAUGCCAUUCAUUGCUGUUAUCUUUGUUGAAAAUAAGCUGUGUAUAGAUUAUGAGAUUUUGAAGUUUAGACUCUACAUGUAUGUCAAAAGUUUCAGUUGUAGUUUUGAAAAAUGGUGAAUGAAUUGAGCUUAUAAUAAUCCAAAUUAUUAUUUGGAGGACAAUGAGUGUUAUAAUGAUGAAUGACGAUUUUUGUGUAAAUUCGUGAUGACAGUUUUUAACUUUUUUUUGAAGAAAAAAAUCAAUUAGUUUAAUAACUAUUAGUUAAUUUCAUGUAACCAUGAAGAAUAUUGAUUUAGACAUAUCUUUGAAUAUAUUAAUUGGAGUAUUAAUAUCAAUGUUUUAUUUGUCUUUGAAAAAAUUCAUCCCUAAUUUAUACUCUUUAAUCUUCGAAAACUAAAUUUCAAUGUAAUUAUUGGCUUAAGACUUGUCAAAAAGCAAUUGAAAGUGAGGAAUUAAAUAUAAUAUAUAAUAAUGACCAGUGAAAAUGCAUGACUUAAUUAUGUUAAAAUGGAUUUGGGAAAAAAAAAUGUUUUUUGUUUUUAUUUGGAAUGUGUGGUUGAAUCAUCCACAGUUUUGUUACAUAGGAAUCAUCUUUUUACUCUUCAUGUGUGAAAGCAGUUGCAUAAUUAUGCAUUGAAUACAAGAGCUUGUUUUAUUGCUUUGAGAGUAGAAACUAUAUUUGCAUAAUUUGAUUUUUUCUAAAAAAAUUAAUUUGCAAUUCUUUGCAACUCUAAAGGUGUAUAUUCCAUCCAAGAUCAAGAAACAUCAAAAUGAUGUACUUUGUAAAAUGAUAUCCGAGGAGUUUUAAAUACAAAGGGUAAAGUAAUCGUCAGCAUAAAAUAGGGCAGAAUUGUGGGUAGUGCAUUUUCAUUAGUCAUUAUUGUUAAAUUCAUAUUUUUGAUAACAUUUUUCAUAAUUUUUCAAUUAAAAUUAAUUAGUUAUUAAGUUGGAAAAUGUCCUUCAAUGUUUUAAGGUAAAAAUAUAAGGGGUGCAGAUCUACCUUAAAUGUAGUUCCUAUUAGUGGCAUAUUUUGAUUUUAUUCUUAGCUAUUUAUAUAAUAUACAUGCCUUAUAUUGUGCAUAAUUAUUGAAAAGUUUCAAUUUCUCAGAAGCUCCAAAUUAAUUUCAUUGAUGUGUGUAUUUCUAAGACAUACUUUAUAAAAAUUUGUUUUUUAACUUCUAUGCAUGCUCUAAUUAAUGAUUUGUAAAUAUUUCAGAGUAUGUUAUUUGUGUAUUCCCUGCCAUAUGUACAUGAUUCUCUCAGAAUUCUAGAUAGUAUAUUUCAUAUUUUUUUUUUCUGAUGUGUCAUAACAGAUAUUUAGUUUUGUCUCUUCAUAAGUUAGAAUACUGCAUCAUUUUGCAUAAAUAAGUUAGAGGAUAUAUAUUAUCUUUUAUUUUUGACCAUACAAAUUCAUUUUUUUGAGGUACAAAAAUAAAGAAAAAAUAAUUGCUACAUUUUACUGAAAAACUUAAAAUGUUUUGAGUAACAUUCUAUGUUUGUAAUUGUCAUAAAAUAUGUGUAUCCCCUGUCGGU